CAGUUUGUAGCUGCUCCCUCGUCGAGCCGGCCGGAGCUUGGCACAGCGCCGCUCCAGAGGCAUGAAUAUGCUGUCCGUCCGCCAGCUGAAGCCUAUCCAGCAAACCCAUACCCAUCAACUGGAAAAAGCCCAGCUUAGCUCCUGUUCAGCUAAGAUUUGAGGAUAAAGGAUGGCAACACAACAUUGAGAGGCUGAGCAGAGAGGGAGUGCAAAGCUGUAAGAACGCAUUGGAACCAAGCAUGAUGGUGGGAGAUUGGUCAAGCAGGAUCGAAUGAACAAACAGAACUGUACACCGUCAUUCUAAAGACAAGUCACCUGAGGUGCAAAGCUGUGGGCACUGGCUGGUGUAUGUUCCGAUCACAAUUUUGUGUUUGUGAAGCGCUACAAUACUCCUGACGUUAUGAUCGUUGAUGGAAUUGGAAUCAUGGAGGAACUGGAACCUAUACGGGCUAAGGAGCAGCAAACAACAACAACACCACGUCGGUCCAGAAACACUGUCUUCUUGAGGCAAAACCAACAGAUAUCUAGAAAAUGCCAGUUGUAGAACAGCAAAGGCCACUAUGCUAGAACCCACCCCCUCGGUGUCAGGACUAUGUUCUGUCCUAAACAUGAUGCAGAUUAGUAAGAAUGUAGGCGGAUCGCUGUUCUAACUAAUCUGUAAAAAGUCCCUAAUCUCUAUCCUGCUUUUAUUUAUUAUUAUUCUAAACAAACAAAUUAGGCAGGAUGCAGGCGGAUCGCUGUUCUCGCUCAUUUGUUUCCCCACUUAUUUGGGUUUGAGUGAAGUGCAUUAUAUAAGUUGACUCUGUCCUCUUGACUUUUAGUGAAUGUUAUAAUGUUGGACAAUCUUGAAACAGACAGUGACUACCAUGGACUAUUUCGAGUUUUAAAGUCAUGGGGCCAUCUGGUACCACCGCUGAGAAGUCAUUUGCAAUGCAUUUUAGCAUUACUGACCUACUGUCCCAGAUUUACCUGGUCCCGGGCAUUUAAGUUUGUUUUAAUAUGCUCUCUUUAAAGUUCAAGUCAACCCUCCCAAUACCUAAGUUAGAUUAGAGCUGAGACAUUAUUCACUUGGACUUUCGUUAUUGAUUUAGUAAGGGAGUGGAGUCAUGUCGCGGAGAAACGUUAGUGCUUGAUUCAAAUAUUCUGGUGCCUGACGCUAGCACCGUGGUUGUUCAAUUACAAUGAAGGCUGAUCAACUUUUAUUUAAUAAAUACCACUGAAUCAAAGUAUCAGCUAGUAUUUUAUUUUAUUGUAUCAUAUUGGGACCACAAUGUAAGUCAACUUACAGCAAAUUACAGUUUGCCUUAAUGCCAAAACAGGAAGAAGAGGUCUGACUGACUUAGUGAAGGCAGUGUGCAUCCUUCAAAGCUAUAUUCAACAAGAAUUCAUACUCAGUGACACUUGCCAAUGUAAUGUUGCUGUGAUCUCAAACAUUCCUACCAGUUGUGGCAAUCUAAGAAAAAAUAUGAUGGUAAAUGAGCAUACUAAUUAAUGGAGAAGAGUGAACUUGUCAGUUUAACUGGUUUCGGUCAAACAAAAGUUGAAAUCUUUCAUGUAUCCUGGUUUAUUAUAAGAGCUGACCUGGCUUGUUUGAUAUAUAAAUAUAUUACAUUUUGGUAAAUUCCUUUUAUUUAGCCUACCCUGGAAUUCUGGACCGGAUUGGAAGGGCAACAGACCUUGUGUAUGGAAUGGAGGAGGUCUUAUUCGAUAAUGGUGUUGUAGGCCAGGAUCGCACAUCCCUCAUCGAGUUGGAGAAGGAUUUGCUUGAGAUUGGGGCAUAUGCCAAUGUCUCCCAAGGCGUUUAUUACGCUCUAAAGAUCGAAAGUGGCGGGAGACAGUUGGUUCGUUUUUUUGAGAGUGGUAGCUUUAGCGACUUUUUCCACCACAAACAUCAUCAUUUUGGAGAUGGAUAUCGAAUUUACACUGCUGAUGAUAUCAAGUCGAAGGCAGACUAUCUGGCCACGAGAAGAGACAGCAUCUCGGUGAAGAAGCGCCCUGCAAGUCAGAUCGGCCAACCACCAAUAAAGGCACCCACUAAAAAUCGUGUUGGCGAAAUAUACAACCGCAAACUGGCUGCAAUCAAGAGACAUAUAGAGUUUUCUCUAACAGAAUGUAUGCAUGAAGGAUCAACCUACUCAGUCCACCUGCAAAGAGUGAACCAUCAGCAUCAAUAUCAAUGCAUUUAUUUGGCUCACAGCUAUGUCCAUUCUUUCGGUGUUGACAUGACAACCCAAGUGCAACUAGAAGAAGAGCUACAAUCUUUCCGCCUCGAUGGCCAGCCACGUCACAGGAUCACACGCAUUGAGGAUAUGGAUAACAUGCCACGACCUCUCUCCCUCCAACAUGAACUGGAUGUCCUAUGUCUUAUAUCAAAUGAUCACAGUCUACCAUACCCAACAUCUCGAAAUCCAUCCAUCCUUAGCAAAUCAACAUCCAGAAUCGGCUACCUCCGCUACUUAUCAUAUGUUCCAUCCACUAUUAUUACUGAAGAAACUACCGUCCCACUACAGCUGCCAUCAUCCCCACGAAAUCGUUAUAUAUAUUUUGAAAUGAAAGGUCAAGCCAUCAUGAGAAACUCAACUCUUAAACAUUUUUUCCACCCUGUAUCUAGUCAAUUACCUGUACCAAACGAAGAGUUAUAUUUCCCUGACAUUGUCCCACUAAAGAAAACCAGGAAGAUUACCCAACGUAUUGUAAAAAUAACACAACAGACACUUCAACACCAACUUGCUGUUUGUGCGCCUACUACUGCCAUUUUGAAUUUCCAUCCAUAUUUGAACUUUAAAUUAAAACUCGUAGAACUCGGUGCUAUAUUUUGGCGAUAUCAUUCUCCCGAAGAGGACUGUUUUAUUUUGAAUGAGUAUGGUGAAGAUGGUGAAAUUGUUCCUAAUUCUUUCUGUUCCGUUACUGUUGAAGAUGACAUUGUUCGCUGCUCUUGUGAUAUAUAUAGAAUCAUUGCUACAAUUGCUAACCUGGAUCACGAUAAUGAUAUAAUCCCUGAUGGCCUCCUUUGUAUGCAUUGUCGUUUUGUUAAAGAGGAGAUAAAGCCUCACCUUAAUUUAUUACUCGAAGACAGUGCUGGCACUGAUUCUUCUUCUACUGUCUCUUCUGCUAUCCAAGCUCGUAUAAAUGAAUGUAAAAAACACCUCAAUGAUCCUGUCGUCCGCCUCAGUGCCCCCAUAUUUGGCACAACUAAAUACUCUGUAAGAUCACACUAUUCAUGUUCAAUUAUCAAUGUAUCCUCAACAGGAAUAAUGGUUUUUUGUACGAAUGGUGCUUGUCAGGCUUCCUCCAAACACAAAAGAUCAGUGAAAAGGCUAAUGGAGCUGGAGGAAGCCUCGACCUUAUGUGAACAUCUUGCUACUAUGAAUGCCAACCAGGAGGUCUGGGCCCCUCAAAACGCCCCAAGUUUUGAAGAGGAAGAAGAAGCAGAUGUGAUUGAUGAGCCAGCUGGAAAUCCACCAGUUUAUGAACAAGUACCUGAUAAGCCAUCAAAGCCUGCAAAUUUCAAUAAGAUCACUGGAAAGUGGGACUUUGGAGGCUACAGUGUGCACAAGCCUUCUGUGGAAGAAAAAGAUAUCAAUGCGAUAAGGAACACACGAGCACGCACAGCAGUCCAUGACGGGAGUGAGAGGUUUCACCGCAACACAACAACAGGUUGUUUCGAAGGUCUAGAUUUAAUCCCAGAGAUACCAGAUAGAAGGUGCAAAUGUGGGUCCGCAUAUACAGAUACAGAUCAUCCUAACGGCUUGCCUCCGACCGAGCACUUCACUUGUACCUUAUACAUGAGACAGAGUCCUAUAAGAGCUAAAGUGUUCUUUCGAGAAUGCCUUCAGAGAUGUGAGGAACGUGUUUUAUACAGUGGUGCUAGCGACAACGUAUUUCUAUGGUCCAAGCAAGUGGCAGCAUGUGAUGAGGUUGGCUGGGAUUUUCUCAAUCGUAUUUUAUCAUCCAAAAUUUCUUUUUCCUCUUUCUGCGAUGACAUGUCUCGUAUUUAUCAAUCCAUCCACCCUGCAUCCGCCCCAUUCAUGAAUAAGUCUACUUUUGUUUCAUGGUUUUUUUCUUGGUGUGGUCGAAUGCAGAUUGACUUUCGUACUCAUAUUGACCCCUGGUGUAAAUUUAAUCCUAAGUCCAUUGCUGGCGAUGGCACUCACAUUGGUAUGCCUUUCCGUAAUGUAAAUAUUUCCCCUGUUGAAAAACCAGACACCCCACAUAUAAGUAAGCCCAACCAUAAACGUUUUGACAGGGUCUUUUUGCCUUACCGUCCAGGCACAGAUGAUGAUUUGGUAAGAAAAGCUCGUAAACAUCUCAAAAACACUGCCAAAAUUUAUUUAUCUUGCAAAGAUGCUGUUAUUAUUUCUGAUGUCGAUAGAGCCUUGGAGGAUGAGAAUCUCCUGUCAGUUUGUCCCCAGGCUCCAGGUUGUAAGGAUAUCCUUACCUCAUUUCUUUCUGAUGUACUACCAGCUGAUUUAAAGCAAGCUUGGGCAGAGGUUCUUAUUCUAUUAAAUUCAGAGGUUGCUGCUGUCAGUACUGUCAUUCCGCAUAGGUUUAUUGGGGAAAUCUUGGCCACAUCCCCAGAUUUAGACCCUAAGUUUGUUCGAACAUUUUGCCCUGAAUUGGGCCAUGCUUUGUAUAUAUCUUCAAUUCACCACAAGUCUGUUCUAUUUAAUGCAUUUAUUUCAUAUCUUGUUGAUUUCAUCCAGGAAAUCCAUCGCAAUGAUCAUAUGUAUUCACCCCCAACCCCUAAGGAUCACACUUAUAAUCCAGAAUCUGGUGUAGCAUAUUAUUUCUCCCCACAUGGCAAUAUAUUAAGGGAGCUGCCUGGAUAUGCAAUAAAAUCUGCAUCUAGCAACCAUGAUGAUUUGCCAUGUGAGGAGGAAAGAUGUCAUAAAAGUUUUGGCAAAGUUUCUGUUGGUGGCUGGUCGUAUCUUUUUCUUUGGUUUUGCCCCAUCCAUGGCCAUUGUUACGGUUUCCAUGUCAUACAGGGUGCAGAGGGGAGGAAAGACCCCUUUGCAUCUAUUUAUAGAUAUAUGCCAGAGCCUCCAAAGGAGGUCUUUUAUGAUUUUGCAUGUUCCCUGAGCGAAUACAGCCUAAACAGGGAACCAGAUUUUUUUAUUCAUACAAGGAUAUGGCAUGAUGUGUUUCACGGAAUAACCCACACCUGUGGGAAGAAUUUUAGAUCUCGGCGACUCAGUACUUUCACUGGGUACAAUACAGAAAUUUGUGAACAGUUCAAUAGUUUUCUUCAGUGUAUCAAAUACACUGGCAUGCAUCUGUCGCAGUCUCACUUUUGUUUCUUUAUCCAGUUUUUAAUUUUCAUGUGGAACAGGAGGAAAACAGAUGCCUUUAUGAAGAAGGUCAAUAUUGCAAAGGCUGGGAGUGACUAAGCUGAUUAUGCUUCAUGUGUAUUGACUGUCAAUAAUAAUAAGAGAGUGAUGUCAUAGUUGGUCAGUACAGUGUCAACUGGAUUUCUUAGUGUUUUGUUUGUGAGUGUGAGUGAAGUAUCUAAAGGCUGGCUUUGGACUAUAGCUUGAUAUGUUGUUUUGGGCCCGGCUAGACUAGGUGGUUACAAUACUAUCAGUUAUUUCCUUUGCCAGUUAAUCAAUGUUGAAAGUAUGUUAUGGGACAGGUUGCCUUAUGUCCGGUUACUACGCUCAGCUUGCCUGGGGUAACUUGCUGCCUUAUGAUUGCCAUGGACUGGUUACUUGUUCACAGACACAUGCUUUCAUCUUAAAAUACGAUUAAUGAUUUAUAUGAUUUUACAUGUACAUGAAUGACAGGAGUCGGUUCUAGUAUUUUUGGGUGAGGUCAAGUCUGGGGGUAAAUAAAGUGUUGGGAAAGUGUUAUAGGCCUGGCUGAUUGACUAACUUGUAUCUUGUAAAACAACCCUACCAAUGUAGCUCUGUAGCUGUGUAAUGCUGGUCUGAAAAGGUAUUUUACUUGUAACCAAGUGUUGUUGCUCAGCUUAGGCCUCUAACACUUUUCCGACACUUUCUCUACCCCAAGACUUGACCUGUGACUAUGUAGCUCUUGAGACCGAUUCUUAUGACUAGUAUUUGGGAGUCACUCUAGCUAAAGGAUCCAGAUAAUGUCGCUCAUACAGUCUUUUAAUUUGGUGUUUUGAAACUAUUAUUCAGCAUCUGUACGUUGAUUAUAAAUUAGGUUCAGGUGACCUAGCGUUAGUUGCCUUUUAGCAUGUUGCGCUGUAUACUUAGUGAACCAUACUUAGUAUGUCCAUUUCUUCUGCUACACAUUGAUUGGUGAGCACAGUGGCCCCUGUCUCUUCCAUUUAUUUCACUAUUGUCUACCUUUUGCUAAAUCUGAGUAGAUUACUUUUCUCCAUUAAUCCUAGUGGAACCUUUAGCCAGUGUGGGUCACAUAUGGUUGAAAGUCGUGUUAGAAACAAAAUGUACAUUCUGUAAAGUCCUUCCCUCUAGUGUUAUCACUAUUAUGGUACUAUGUACGUACAAUAUUGGUGCUGAUCGCACAUCACUAACCUAAGAUCAUUGUCAUGGCGAUAAAACAUGUGAUCCUUCUUUAAUGAUUAAUAUUUGGUGAAGUCUCAUUGCAGCAUUUUACUCUACUUGAAAUUUCAUUGUUAUUUGAUAUGCUUCAUGGCAUACUUCAAUGAAAGACCAGGUCAUACAUAAAUAUGUAAAUGGUGAUGAAAUGACUUUAGAUUGUCGUUUAGGGAUGUCAAUAUGCAUUGUCAUGAAAGUGAGAUAUUGGUCUGAUUUUCUGCAUUUAUUAUUUUUUAUUAUUUCCCUUUGAUCAGUUGAAUCUUGUGUGUCACUUUAUGACACGGCUUCACCAGUAGUCAAUAGUAAUGUUAGCUGCUACAUGUAUAGGUUAAGGUGUGUUUUUAUAUUCUAAGUACGACUAGGUCGUGCAUGGACUUGGACUAAAUUGGAGAAUGGUAUACAGGGUAAAGUUAUCAUUUUUUGAACAAAAAUUCUUAAUAUUCGUCAAGGUAUCACAUGGCAAUGAUCUUAGAUCUGUGUCUUGGGAUCACAAUGGGCAAUAUGUAGGGGAUCAGCGGAGUAAUGGUUAGAGGGCCGGGGCCAUAACCGAAAGGUCGUGGGUUCGAAUCUGGCUAGAACCACAAAACCCAGGUGUAUAAAUUGGUACCGGUUGUAAUGAUUAGAUUGUACAAAAUUCAGAUGUUGUGUGAAAAGUUACAUAAGUAUAUAAUAAGUUUCAGGACAUUCGCGUACAACAUGGUGUCUCACAAAAAAACUACACACUUUUUAAAAGGCUCACUGUAAUAUGGGUGUAUUGUUGGAAGUCAUGUAGUAGGAGUAACUGUUAUAUGUUCAUGUUAAGUGACUCUUUCUGUUUGAUAGGCAACUAUGGGGAUCCUCCACGGCUUGCACAGCAGUCAAUGUUUUUUUUAAUUAGUGCAAGCAGGUUUUUGGCCCUGUUAAAACAGGGCCAAAAACCUGCUUGCACUAAUUCGUAGAGGAUGUAGCAACAGAGUGAUUUAUAAGAUAUUUUGGCUUUGCAAUUAACCAUGGGUUUACAAACCCAUAACUUGGUUUUCUAUCCAUAAUAGCACAGAGAAGUUAGAUGUAUCUCAAUUAUAUGGUGGACAGCAUUAAAUUUGUGUAAGUGGUAUUUUAUGAUCAUUUGCAUAAUAAAUAUAAUAAUACAAUGAAAACUCAUUCAAUCUUAAUAAUGAUCAUAUAAAUGAUCUCACUGUCUUAGGAAAGGGUAAGAGUAACUCUUCCUUUUGAAUGUCUAAGGUCAGAGUAUACCCUGUACUAGCCAUUUUAAUAGUGUGUUGUUUUUUGUGUGACACUUGUUUUGGUGGAGUAUAAAAAUUUAGGUUUUGUAAGAGGGAUACGCUGAUUCAUGUUUUAUAGUUUAGCAUUAAAUACAAGACAUUUUGAUAAAACUGAAUUUUGUGUGGCCUUUAUGAUAAUAGCAUGAAAGGCACUAGAGAGUUUCUUUCUUUGGUACGGUACUUUUGUAAAUACGAGUUCGAUAAACAUGUAUUGUGAAUAUUUUGUUAUGAUGUUGACUUGUUCUUGUUGUGCAAGGUUUCGCUUCUGUGUUCAUUAUGAUGUGAGAUCUCAAUUGCUUUAUAGCCACAAAAAAUUUAUAUCAGUUGAUAUCCCAGCACUGUAAAAUAUGUUCAAUGCUUAUUCAAUUAGUUUGAAUGUUAAAUUCAUUUUCAAUUCGUUUUUAAAUUUCAAAUGCAUUUUAUGUAACAAAUCAAGCCUUUUAAGUGCUCUGUAAAUUUUCUCACCCCUUGUUCAUUGUGCAAGUGCAGUAUUAGUUAAGAUUUGCAGAAAUAAAGUUUAAA